CGUUUUUUCUCUCGCGCGCUGACACUAAUGUCCUACAACCUGAAUGGUUUUGCAAACAAAGAUUCUGAGCUACCGCGAAUUGCAAAAUAUGUCUCUCAGGCAGCUGUUGUUUCUUAAUGAGGGAAGUAAGUUUCCUUCCCUUAUAGUGUAGUAAUUGAUAGCGCAAUACCUACUGUACAUUGCAUAUCAACAAUAAGACAAGCCAUUGUUCAUCGAUAUAUUACGUGUAUAUACUAAUUUAACCAAGAUGUGAGUUACAAAUGAGAGUUUUACUUUUUUACUGGCAUUUCUAGUCUUGUUUGUUCUGGUAUGUUUGUGUUUAUGUCAACAGUUUUCAGAAAGUAGUGAGCUGGUUGUCCAUAGCCUGAGACAGAAAGGCUUUGCAAUGCUGUGUCGUGUCAUCACGUCUUGCUCAGACAUCUUCCCGAACUGAUCCUAAACAUGCUGCGAGUUUCAGUACGAGGCCUUCAUGUUGUUUGAUUUCAUCUUGCUGGGAGUAUGAAGACCAGAUCUAACCAAAUCACGCUCGGAAUGAUGUAUCGACCGUCGCAGCACAGUGUGUGUGGAGCCUGACAUUCCUCGCAGGGCUGUGUGUGAUUGUCCCUCCUGUUUUCUGACCAUUAUCACUGCGCCUGCUUCAUUGGCGAACGUGUGUUUGGACAUCUAACCCCCCUCCAACCCCCAACCCCCCCACUUCCUGAGGCCUGUCGCCACGACAACCAUGGACUGCGGAUUGCGUCUGCCGCCCGUCAUUGAGGAGGUCUUGGAUCCUGCAGACGAUGUGUGUGACUUGAAAGCGGAGCGGCCGGGUAUAGGCAGUGAAAUGACGGCCAAAGAGCGAGGGUCACUGGAGGAGAAUGAGGAGAGAGACCUGGAGGAGGUUGAGGCUGGAAAUGGAGAGAAGGGGCAGGAGGAUGAGCGGGAGAAAAAGGAGGUGAAGGAGGAGACGGUGGACGAGGAGGAGGAGGACACAGAGGAACGAAGAGGAGCUGAUGAGGAUGAUGAACUGGAGGUGCUGAGGUCACAGGUGGUGCAGCUGCUUUUGGAGCUGGAGGAGACCAGAGAGGUGUCACAACGACACGAGGAGAGCUACAACGAGCUUCAGGGUCUUUUGGAGGAAGAACGGCUGGCAAGCGCCCACCAGGCCGAGACCUUUACGAGACAGAUCCAGAGACUUCAAGCCCAGCUGCGCUCGGUGCAGGAGGAGCUGGAUAGCCUUGAGGAGGAAAAGGCCAGCGAGCUGUGGGAGGCACAGGAGGAGCUGCGUGUGGCACAGGAGGAAGUGCAGGAGCUGCAGCAGGCUGCGGAGGAGGCGGCGGCCGAGCGGGAGAAUGACAUCGCCCUGCUGCAGGAGGAACUGUGCCGUCUGCGUGCCGAGUUGGAGCGUCUGCGCGGCACCACACAGGAGUACGAGCUGGAGCUGACCACGCUGCGGGCCGAAAUCAGCAUGAAGAACCAGCGCAGGGAAGAGAAGGACAGAGCAGGAGGAGAAGGUGACAUGGAUCAACUGAUGGAGGAGUGUCGCUCCUUGAAGGACGAGUGUCAGAAUCUGAAGAACGGCAACAAGCAGCUCUCUGAGAAACUGGAGAUGCUGGAGCAGCAGCGAGCCAGCUCAGCUGAUUCAUGCCUGGCCCUGAAAGCAGAACAGAAUGAUGGAGAAAAUGAUGCAGAAAAAGGUGGCGAGAAGGAGGUGAAGGCUGAAGGUUUUGUCAGCACAUUGGAGGUAGAAGGUGGGAAGUGGGUGGAGGCUUAUACCCAGAAGAACAUCUCGUUUGAGGGGAAGCCCGUCACCCCGACGGGCAAGAGUGGAGGGUUCUCAGAGGUGUUUUCCCUCAGAGACCAGCUGAAACAGGCCGAGGAGAGAGCAUCACAGGUCCAAAGAGAGUGUGAGGGACUAAAAGGAGAGCUUAUGGAACUGCAGGGGCUGUACGAGAGCAGCCAGAGGGAGAGGGCGGAGCUAGAGGCGGAGCUGCAGCGCUGUAAGGCGGAGCUUGGUCGGCUGGCUGGUAGGAAGGCUCAGAGCUCCACUCCUUCGUCUGAGUGCCCUAUUCUCUCCAUACCCUUCAUAGGAAUGGUUGUAAUAAUGGGCCUGAUAUGGUGCUGCUGGAAGGAGCUCUUGUCCUAAAGGGGGAAAGGAUAAUGAGGGAGACUGGAACCUGGUGAUGGUUGUUGCUGUGGCAGCAGCAGCAAUUCUACUCAUUCCCAGUUUCACCAGAGCUCUGGCCUGAAGUCUGGACAGGAAGUGACCUCAUCAUCCCCUCUGCCCAUGGUACACAACUCUAUCACCCUGACCACAUUUAACCACCAAUGGGAACCGCAAACCAUCACUCACCUGGGUCAUAUGGGAACACAGUUACACAUGGCUUCCAAACUUGAUGCUUUUUGAUGUGUGUUGUGAUGCUGAUUGUUUGCCGUCUCAACUGCUUUGCUCUGCUUUUGUAGACAAUCGUAUCUGUUUCGACCAGUAGUGCUACAGACACUGAUGCCAAGCCACAAGGUCAGAAUGGAGGAGCUUCUGAUUGGUCUAGCUCCCCGCUUUCCAUUUCAUGAUUUGUUUUCUUUCCUUAAUGGACAAUUUCAAAGGUCCUCUCGAAACUAUUUGCCUUAUCACUUUUAGAUAGAGAACAUUUGCACAAUUUACCUCUUUUUGGCAAUCAAAAAUAAACAGAUUCCCGAUCUCUUGAGGGACUGAAAAGGAUGCCGUUCUUCAUCAACAAUGCUUUGGAUGCCGAAUAUUGCUUUGUGCUUCAUUACUUUUUGAUUAGGUAGGAGCAUGCAGUAUUUAUUUAAUCUUCCCGGAUCUUCCCAUUUUUAAUAAUUACGUACUGAAGUGUCAGUACUGUCAGAAUCGUUUGUGUUUAGGUUCAGUAACUGAGAACUUCUUUUACUUUCGUCUAUGGCAUGGUUUCUAACUCCAAAACUCUGUAGGUAACUGUACAGUAAUUCUCUAUAUACUAGCAAAGGUGAAUACUAAUGUGCUGCAUACUAUUUGUCAUUUUUACAUUUAUUUUGGAUAAAAAAAAGGAAGAUUCCAGGUGGGUUGAGGUUAUUCCAGAAGGUAAACAUGCUUAUUUUAAACUUUCCACAGAUAUUUUUGUAUCUGAAUUGUUUAUUCCAAAACAUGAAAUGUAUAGAUUGAUUUUGUGUGUUUAGAUUGAUAAAUGAUACUAAAGAGUGAUAGAUAUUUUUAUACAAGGGUUGACUAAUCACUAAAAUGACACUAAAAGAACUCUGAAAUAAGUAUAAUGAAUAAGCACAGAUCUACUGUAAUUCCACUGAUGUUGCAUUAAUGAUUUUAUCUGGGGUUAUUUGCUAUUUUUUUGCAUGUCAUAUAUAUCUAUACAAUCUCUUCUCUCCAAAGAAACAGGCAAAUUACAGAGUCGGAAAGUUAUAAGUACAAAAUGUCAUGAACAAGUGGUUCUCAACUGGUCUGUCGGAACCCAAAAAUAAGUCGCAGGUAUGUUUUUAAAGUGUCGUUGACAGCAGGGAAAAACACUCCUAAAGUAAGGUUAAAAUACUGUAGCAAAAUAAUAAAAAUAAAAUGCAAAAUACGACCUUUAAAAAUGUCUGUUGUAGUCUGUAAAUCUACCAAAAUCAUGGUAAUCAUUUUGCAUAUUGUUGGGCCUAUGCAGUUCAUGCUAAUAUUAAUACAUUUCGAUGUUUGACAUUUUUUUAAGUACAAAAAACUAUUUUAAUAUCAUGUUUGGUUGCCACUUAAUGUGUAAUGUAAAAACCAGUUGAGAACUACUGACAUAAACAUAGAAAACCAUGGCAAAGACGUUCCUUACAAUGCAAUUCAAUCUGUAGCAUAAAUCCAUAGCAUGAAUUAUCUAGCUAAUAAGAGUGCUAGAAGCAUAUGGAAGCUUGAUUUCGCCACUAAAUAAAAAAAUAAAAAAGCUAAUUGCAACUUUUUAUCUCACAAUUCUGACUUUUUAUAAGACGCAAUUGUGAGUUUAUAUAAUGCAAUUCUGACUUUUUUUUUUUUGUGUCUUACAUUAUAACAUGCUUUUGCAAGUUAUAAAGUCAGAAUUGUGAAAUAAAAAGUCACAAUUACCUUUUUUAUUUUUUAUUUUAUGGUGGAAACAAGCUUCCAUAGAAACUUCCAUACUGCCUUUCACCAAAAAAGUUACAAUGAUUUGUCUUAAAUGAUGUAUAUUUAACUAAUGAAGUUUGACAGUACAAAUAUGUACUUAAAUGUAGCUUUUUACAUCAGAAGUCACAAUUUUGAGGUCUUUGUGUGGAUGCGGACUAUUACAAAAGUACCUUCCUGUAGGAAGUUUAAUAUUACUGUUACUGAACUCAUAUCCAUCAUUUAAAGAUUCUGGUAAAUGAAUGCUUUGAGCCUUGAGGUACUACUGUUGUGAACAGAAUCUAUUACUUUAUACUUACAGUAUCUAUUAAUAUAUAAUCGUUUCUGGUAUACACACAAGUUAUCUUCACCAUAUGUCUUUUCGUGUCAUUUUCAACAGCAAAAAGUAUCAAAGUGACUAAACAGUAGUAGACAUAUUUGCUUCUAGAUGGUUGACUAGCAUUGUGGCAGUGGUCUUUGUAGUGUGGUUUUAAGACUUGGCAUUAGUUGUUAACGAGUCUCAGUGUUUGGGAAUAUUUACAGUAUCCCAAGGUCAUUCCAGUGCCGUUUUCUGCUAUCCCGUUGAUAGACUCAGAACUCAGUGGUAGCACAACUUGAAUGUUCAAUGUAUCAAUGGUCAGCUGACUUUCUAUAAGACAGUGCAUGCUACACAGUGACUUGUCUUUGAAAUAAACAUGCUAUUUGUGCACUGCAUUGGAUAGUUUGUUACUUUGAUGAAAUGAAAUAUGAAAAUGUGUUUUACAUCAGAAUGAGUCAAUAAUGAGUCAGAACGAAAUUCGCACACUCUUCCACUCAGCGCUUGUAAAUGAUGUAAUAUGUACAGAUUGUGCAUUUGCAUGUCCGUGGCAGUAGAUUCUGCAUGCUGAGUGAUAGAAACCAGUGGUAGAUUUUAGCUCCUGUGACAAUCUUGUACCAGUAGACGUCGCAUGCAUUGUCCAAUUCUGCAACUUAACUGAAACUGAAGUUAUUUGUUUUGUUUUGAAUAUAUGAAUGUCAUUUAUGUUCUCUUCUAAAUUAUUAUUUUAUCUGUUCACUCAUGCCCCGUUUACACUAGUGUGUUUCCGUUUAAAAACAGCGUUUUAACGAUCCUCGUUUACACUGGUGUUUCCACAGCAUUUCAGAAACAAUCUCCAUCUACACUACAUGAACAAAAAUGCAUGUGACAUGACCGUUCAUGCCAGGGUUGCCAGGUUUUCACAACAAAACCCACCCAAUUGCUACUCAAAACUAGCCCAAUGGCGUUUUGGGGGGAUCCCCCGGUAAAAAUUGUGUUCUGGGGGGUAAAAUCCACUUUUUGGCAGGGUUCCCCUGGUAAAGUUCGUAUCCCAGGAGCUAAAUAUCAUGUUAUUUGGGAUUGCAGAAAUGUAUUUCCCAAAAAUUGGGAAAACCAGAAUUUACCCCCCAGUAAUGUCCGGAAAUUGGGAAAAAGCGGAAUGGAAAUCGGAAAAAGCGUAUUUUACCCCCCAGAACACAAUUUUUACCAGGGGAUCCCACCUGAAACGCAAUUGUGCUAGUUUCGGGCUAAAUUUGAAUAGCAAUUGGGAGGGUUUUGUUGUGUAAACCUGGCAACCCUGGCAUGAACGGUUAUGUAACAUGCAUUUUUGUUCGCGUAGCAACACUGGUUCAUCCACACUGGGCAUGUAGACAGCUGCAGUAUUAAAAAAAAAAAAUGUUCCAAAAAUCAUGUUACGGAGGGUAAAAUCCACGAUUUUGGUGGGGUUCCCCUGGUAAAAUUCUCAUUCCAGGGGAUAAAUAUAUUGUUAUUUGGGGUCGCUUCAACCCACGGACAUGAAAAACAACCCGCGGCAACAAUGUAAAAGUAGCCCAAUUCCGUGGGACAACCGCGGACUUGGCAGCCACGCCAUCGUUUUCAAAAGUCUCCGUUUUGAUACGUUUACACUGAAACGCAACCCCAGCGUUUUCAAACUUAAACAUUAAAACAUUAACAGAGUAACAGAGUAGUGUAAAUAACAGGAUUAACCGUAGCAAAUGUUAUGUGUUUUAAAACGAAAACAAACUAGUGUAAACGGGGCCUCAGUUACUUAAAUAUUUCCAAAUAUGCAGAGCAAAUAGCAACUUUUGGAAAGCGCAGUCUUUCUCCAAAAUGGACCUUAUUAUGAAAUAUUAUCACUUUAUCAAUGAAUCUUGAAUGUCAUUUUAUCUCUAUUUUAAGUCCAUACUGUACAUUUCCACUCCACUCCAGUUCUCUCUUCUGUUCUAUUUAUCUUCUAUUUGAAGUCUUUUAGUUGUUGAGAGAAUUGCAAGUUGUACAGACUAACAAAAUCGUUUUGUAAAUGCGCUUUAACAGAUGCUGGAGGGUGGUAAAUGUAUGGAGAUGUCGGUAUGUGGCGUUGUGGCGAUGCUGCUGCUUGUCUGUAUGUGGUUGUGUAAUUGUAACUGUUCUGUACAGUGUCUUUGAAAUGUUUACAUGUUGUCCUGCCUUAACAGGCAUUUAUUUAAUUAAUAAUUAUAAUAAUAAUGAUAUUUGAAGUAUUUUGGUAACCAUGUAUAUUUUGUAAAUGAACAGGAACAAAUAAAGUAGUUUAUCCAGAGCA